AUGGCAGAGGCAGACUCCCCACCUGGUGUGGACAGGCUUCCCCAGAGAGGUGCCCUGACGGACAGCAGCAGCUUUUGUCCCAGAUUGGAAUCCCCCACAGACUCUAGAGACAAAUGGAACAAGAAAAUGGAUUUUCUCCUGUCAGUCAUUGGAUUUGCUGUUGACUUGGGCAAUGUCUGGAGAUUUCCUUAUGUCUGUUACCAGAAUGGGGGCGGUGCCUUCCUCAUCCCCUAUGCACUGAUGGCUGUGUUUGGGGGGAUUCCCCUCUUCUACAUGGAGUUGGCUCUGGGACAAUACCACCACAUGGGAGUCAUCCCCAUAUGGAAGCACAUCUGUCCUAUUUUCAAAGGGAUCGGGUAUGCUGUCUGCAUCAUUGAUCUCUAUGUCGCCUUUUAUUACAACACCAUCAUUGCUUGGGCCCUCUACUACUUCUACUCCUCGAUGGGCAUCUCACUGCCCUGGACCCACUGCCACAAUCCUUGGAACACCCCAAACUGUACCAACUACUUUGACCACAGAAAUGUCACCUGGAGCAACUUCUCUCACUCGCCUGCUGAGGAGUUUUACAUGCGAAAGGUCUUGGAGAUUCAGAAGUCAGGUGGCCUGCAAGAUCCAGGAGGCAUCCGAUGGCAGCUUCUGCUGUGUCUCUUCCUCAUCUUCACAACUGUCUACUUCAGCCUAUGGAAAGGAGUGAAGACUUCUGGGAAGGUAGUGUGGCUCACUGCCAUCUUCCCCUACCUGGUGCUUUUCAUCCUCCUGAUCCGAGGAGCUACCUUACCUGGAGCCUGGAGAGGAAUCGUCUUCUACCUCCAGCCCAACUGGGAGAAACUUCUGAGCAUAUCAGUCUGGGUCGAUGCUGCAGCUCAGAUUUUUUUUUCUCUGGGUCCUGGAUUUGGAGUCCUGCUCGCCUUGUCCAGUUACAACCAGAUUAACAACAAUUGUUUCAGGGAUGCCCUCGUCACCAGCACAGUGAACUGUUUGACCAGUUUUCUUUCUGGGUUUGUCAUCUUCACCGUCCUGGGCUACAUGGCUGAGAUGAGGAACAUCGAGGUAGAAGAAGUGGCAAAGGACAGAGGUCCCAGCCUUCUCUUCAUCACUUACCCCGAAGCCAUCGCCAACAUGGUGGGAUCCACGUUCUUCUCCAUUGUAUUUUUCCUUAUGAUGAUCACCUUGGGACUAGACAGCACUUUUGGGGGCCUGGAGGCCAUCAUCACAGCUCUGAUAGAUGAAUAUCCUCGGACCCUCACCCAAAGGAGGGAGCUCUUGGUCCUGGGUCUGGUGGCCGUCUGCUUUUUGGGUUCACUCGCCACGCUGACCCAAGGAGGUGCAUAUGUGAUCAAGCUCCUAGAAGAAUUCGGUGCUAACUGCUCCAUUCUGGCUGUGGUAUUCUUGGAAGCAAUUGCAGUUUCUUGGUUUUAUGGAAUCCAGCAAUUCUGCCACGAUGUGAAGGUCAUGCUUGGCUACAGCCCAGGCCUGUUCUGGAAGAUAUGCUGGGUCGCCAUCAGUCCUGCCUUCCUUGCAUUUAUAAUCAUCAGCUCCCUCCUGGACCAGUCUCCUCUUGUACUGUUUGACUACCGCUAUCCAGACUGGAGCAUCUCCAUUGGACAUCUGAUCAGCGCUUCUUCAUGUAGCUGCAUCCCCAUCUAUAUGGUCUACAAACUUCUCUGGACACCUGGGUCUCUCAAGCAGCGCCUGGAGGUUUGUCUGAGACCAGAAAAGAAGUCAAGUCAAGGUCAGCAGCCCGAUUCCAUCUGCCUGCAUCCUGUGCCUCAGCUCCCCCAGAUCCACCCAGGUACCUGA